GAUCAGAUUAUAUACUUAAUUAAAAUUGGAUUAUUUUAAUUACUGGUAAAUUUGAGUACAAAAACUUUGUAUGCAUGCCUUUAAGUUGGCGUAUACAGACAGACAUUUUCAUAGCAGUUCUCGCCUUUAUAAAUCCUGAUUUGUUCCUCACUUUUGACAUAGGAUGAAUUCUAUUUUCAGCAAUAUGCUGUGAUGCCCAGGUAUUGUGACCCUCCAUUGAUGUAUAUGGAGAGAGCAGCUACAAGUCUGUUUGGAGUGAAACGGUACGGCGUCCAUGUCAAUGGCUACACUCGGGAUUCAAGUGGCAACCUUAAUAUGUGGCUAGCACGACGAUCUCUGACCAAACAGACGUAUCCAGGAAGACUGGACAACAUGGCGGCUGGAGGACUGGCAGCAGGCUGUAGUGUAAGGCAUACCAUGGUAAAAGAGUGUGAAGAGGAGGCCUGCAUCCCUCCAGGCCUGGCAGAGCAAGCGCGUCCUGUGGGAACUGUGAGCUACACCUACGAAGAUGAGGAAGGAAUAUUUCCUGAGUGUCAGUUUGUUUUUGAUUUAGAGCUGCCUCUCAAUUUUCAGCCUCACAUUGGAGACGGAGAAGUGCAAGCGUUUUACUACUAUCCAAUAGAGAAGGUGAUUUUAGGUUUGAAUGCUAUGUAAUGUAUUUCAUAUAAAAUAAACUGUGACAAGUUUGCUUUGACAUAAAAUGUAUUUUGAACAUGAAAAUAUACUUUGACAUGCAAAAAAGUUUUAGCAUAGAAAA